AUGCUGCGGUGUGAUGGGACGGGACGGGCGCCCUCGGAUACCCGAUGCGUCAGCGCGGGAGGGGGGCCGUCAGAUUGGGCGACAGUCGGGAGGUUGUUGGCUGCCCGGCGCACAGCAAAUAUUGCCGAAGAGGCGAUUCGCCAGCUCAUGAAGAGCUGUGCGGCACAGUGCUGGACAACUUUAACCGGAGAACCCCAACUGCUGGAAAAGCAAGAAUCUGGGCUGCAAGGGCAGUUGGGAUUGGCGAUAAAACUUUUGGAUAAUAUAUUGAUUGUUCAGUGCGUGUUUGCGUAUGACAUGAUAGUAUGCAUUCACCAACAUAUUUACAUGUACAGAAAGGCAUAUGACACACCAUGUGCAUUCGCUUUGACGUAA